AGACGCAGAAGGAUAGACGCCGCAGCAGCAGUAGUGAAUUACUUUGACAAAAUGGAUGUAUUUAUGAUGAUCCGGCGGAAGAAGACAACGAUUUUCACCGAUGCCAAAGAGACGACGCCGGUGUACGAGCUGAAGAAAAUGAUCGAAGGAAUACUCAAAGUGCCUCCCCGCGAUCAGCGACUAUACAACAAAGACAACAUGCUAAUGGACGACGAUAAAACGCUGCAGGAUUGCGGGAUCACGGUCGUGACGGCGAAAGCGCAAUGUCCCGCCCAGCUUGGUUUAGCCAUACGCGAAAACGGCGAUUUUGAAUCGCUCGAGCUGACGCCCUACUCGUUGCCACCCGAUCUACCGGAUGUGAUGAAAAACCAGGACACCGCAAAUGGCCAAGAUCAACUCGCCUAAAGAGGCCAAAGCUAG